AGUAAAGUAAAGGCAAAGCCCCCUUUAGAUAGAAGCUCGCCCCAAUCUCGCAGUCGCUCAUAACUAGAGUACCAAUUAGGUGGUGAGGCAACAUGGACAGUUUACCAGAUAUUUGCGAUCUUGGCCAGGUAAUCGAGCCACACCUUUCCGGUAGACUCCUUUGCAGCUACAAAACAAACAGUCUGACGCAACCGGGCGACAAUUACGGCAGCGUGCUACUAUCAAUACGCGCACAGGUGCAACGCCCAGAUGAUGAGCUUUAUGAAGAGCUUAAUUUGGUAGCCAAAGUCCCACCUACAGACCCUAAAUACUGGCAAUUCAUUCAGCCGGAAAGGACUUGUCUCACUGAAAAUGCUGUAUAUAAGAUCCUGGCGCCUGCCUUAGCCGCACUACAGGAAGAGGCGGGCAUUCCACAAGCUGCAAACUUUGACGGAUUCGCGCAAUACUACGGCUCCCGGACGUCGCUUCAUCCGAGCUGCCACCUGGUGGACCAUCAUGCCAUAUUGGUGCUGGAAAAUCUGCGCAGCAGCAACUACGUUCCAGGCCAGAGGCUGCAGCCCUACGACCUAUCUCACACAUUGAUGGCGCUUAGAUACAUGGCCCAGUUUCAUGCGCUUCCUCUUGCACUGCGGUUGCUGAAGCCCCAUGUAUUCCAGGAGAAGAUUAAACCCUUCUUUGACAAGUUCGAUUGGCAUGCGGCUGCCCCAGAGUCGAAGGCCAUCAUGAAAGCGGAGACACUAGAAGACAUACGCAAAGCCACCAACAAUAACGUAGAGUUGGUGUCCCGCGUUAAGCUAUUGUCAGACGAGUUUUUCGACUUCCUUGCAGCUCCCCCAAACUUGCCAGAUGGGCCAUUUACAAGUAUAAUCCACUCGGACUUCUGGAUCAAUAAUCUAAUGUUCCAGUACGGCCCCUCUGGCGAACCCACUCACAUGAAAAUAAUCGACUUCCAAACAGCGCAAUACGAUUCCGUUGUGCAUGACAUAAUCUCGUUUCUGUUAUCAAGCGUUGAUAUUCCUAUCUUGGAGCUACACUUCGAACACAUGUUGGGGGUCUACUUCAAGACAUUCAUAAGCUGUCUGGCAGGAGUGGGGGCAGAGGUAUCAGGAUACAGCUACGAAGCAUUUCGGGCGGAGGUGAAACGUGUUGCAUACAUCCAGGUGCCCCAUGCAUUAUUCAUGACGCGAUUCAUUCUGGCUGAGAAUGUGACCACCGAGCAAAAAGAACACCGUCAGCUGGCCGAACUUUUGAAGAACACGGGCUCGGAACGCAUAUGCCACAGACUGAACCAGAUUCUAAGCAUAGCAGAGCAGUUCGACAUAUUGUACUAAUCAAUGAUGCUCCUCGCACUCUAAUGCUAAUUGUUACAUUUUGCAUUCGGUUUUGCUCAUAUUUGUCAGCACAUUGCGAUACUGAGGCCAUUGUGUCUCAUCGCUGG